AUGGUAAUCAGAGUCGGCAUCAAUGGGUUUGGUCGUAUUGGCCGCGUUGUGUUCCGAGCUGCGCAGCGCCGAAACGACAUCGAAAUUGUUGGGAUCAACGAUUUGCUCGAUGCGGAUUACAUGGCUUACAUGUUGAAGUAUGAUUCCACUCACGGCCGCUUCGAAGGUGCGGUAGAGGUUCAAGGUGGUGCACUUGUGGUAAACGGCAAGAAGAUUCGCGUCACGUCCGAGCGGGAUCCCGCGAACUUGAAGUGGAAUGAAAUUAAUGUGGACGUUGUUGUGGAGUCUACUGGACUUUUUCUCUCCGACGAUACGGCACGAAAGCACAUCCAGGCUGGUGCCAAGAAGGUCGUCAUCACAGGUCCUUCGAAGGACGACACACCAAUGUUCGUUAUGGGUGUAAACCACACGACUUACAAGGGGGAAGCCAUCGUCUCAAACGCAUCAUGCACGACGAACUGCCUUGCCCCCCUUGCAAAGGUGCUCAACGACAAGUUUGGCAUCGUGGAAGGACUCAUGACAACCGUUCACGCAACAACGGCGACACAGAAAACUGUCGAUGGCCCCUCGCAGAAGGACUGGCGUGGCGGCAGGGGUGCAGCGCAGAAUAUUAUUCCUUCAUCCACCGGUGCGGCGAAAGCGGUGGGCAAAAUCAUCCCGUCGCUCAAUGGCAAACUCACUGGUAUGGCCUUCCGUGUACCAACUCCCAACGUUUCCGUGGUGGAUCUCACAGUGCGGCUAGAGCGUCCCGCGACCUACAAGCAAAUUUGCGACGCCAUUAAGGCUGCAUCAGAGGGUGAACUGAAGGGGAUUUUGGGUUAUGUGGACGAAGAGAUUGUUUCCAGUGACAUCAACGGCAUUCCGCUCACAUCCGUCUUCGAUGCCAGGGCGGGUAUUUCGCUGAACGACAACUUCGUUAAGCUGGUCUCGUGGUAUGACAACGAAACCGGGUACUCAAACAAGGUCCUAGACCUCAUUGCGCACAUCACAAAGUGA